GGAAUUAACUGUCAAAUUAUUUAAAAGUUCAAAACGCUGUGUAAAUAAAAAUAUCGGCUUUUUAGAAUAGUUCAAGUUUAUUAAUUUAAUUCAAACACUUUCGUUUGAUUAAUCCAAUGAAAUGGAAAGACAAGAAGUGAAACAUAUUGGAUCUAGAGUAAUGAAUGGGAGUUUGGAAGAGUUACUUGAAGUUUUAGAUAAAAGACCCGACCACCUCACAGAAAAACAGGCAUUAUAUUUCAUAGUUUGUUGUUCCCAUACAUGUAACUCAAACAUAAAUAACUGCAAUAAGUUGAAUGAACAAAAAUUGAUUACUGCUGUGAAAGGGUUAUCAACUAAUAUUAAAAAUCUUAAUUCUGAAGAAUACGACAACUAUAUACAAGGCAUAUAUUUCAUAUGUAGCUUUUUAUUGAAAAAGAACUAUCUAUUACUACCGCAACUAGAGAAUGAGAUAUUGCCUCGAUUCUUACCUGAACCAUUAACGGAAAGGCAGAAAAAUGUUUAUAAAUCCAUCUGUUGCCAGAUUCAAAUUGUUGUAGAAAAUGUAGUUGCAAAAAAGACUGAUGUCAAUGAAAAAAUGAUUAUAUCAAUAGGAUAUCUGCUUAGUAAAAUAAUUCUUAGAUCUUCAAACCAACAGUUAUUUCUAGAAACAAUUUUUAGAUUCUGUAGAAACCUGCAGUUCGUUAAUUUGACUUUACAGUUUGAUUAUUUUUUGUACAAUAUCAGUAAAAUCAAAAAUUUGCCUCCAGAAACUGUAAGAACUGGAAUUUUACCUUUCUUCAACUAUGGACUUAACUUUUAUUCAACAUAUUUAAAAAAUGGAAUGCUGGAAUUGUCACAAAAAUGCAUUAAUGACAUGCUCAAUAUUCUACCAAAAGAGUGUGGCUAUGAAGAAAUAUUGAAUAUCUGUAAAUAUAUUGUUGAUCCAAUUGCUGUCAAGAAUGGUGUUAUAAGUGGUAGAGAAUGCAUCAUAAGGUCAUUUAAAUUAAAUAGGAAAUCUGAACAUUUUCUAAGUAUCUAUAAGCUCCUUUCUAAGGUGAUGGUUUCUUAUUCCUACUUCUGCAGAGAUCACGACGUGAAUAGAACAUUUGCAGAUCCUGAGAAGCAUAUGAUUAUUUAUGAGAUACUUAGUGUAAUGAUAGAAAUUUUUGUGAAACUAUCUGGAUCAUGUAUAAAAGAAUGUAAAUGUUUAUUGACUAAUAGUUCUGAAUGUUCUGAUGCAGCAACCUGUAUAUUGAUCCUUUUUUAUAUACUCCUGGCUGCAAAUGAUAUUACAAGAGAUUAUAUAAAAAGAGUCAAAUGUUUCCUAGAAAAAUACUUCGAGAUCUUAGUUGCCAGGAAGUUGAAUAAAUGUGAAGCAUACAAGAAGAGUUGGUUUCAAGUAGCUCCUCAUCUGCAUAAUGUAGGAGUGUUACUUUCUAGGAAAAAAGAGUAUGAGGAAGCCCUAUCUUUUGUGAAUAUGACAUUGAAAUAUUAUUCUUUGUUAGAUAUAUUACAAAACAAUGUUGUUUUAUCAGGCACCUUCAGUUUGAUGAAUUCUAUAUAUUUGAAACAGAAAAAGUUCAAGGAUGCUCUGUUAUGGUCCGCAGUAGAAAUAAUUAACACCCAGAAAAAUGAUAGGGAUCAAAUCUUUCAUAAAUGGAUCAAAAUCAAAUUGGCAUGUAGAGAAGAGCUUUCAUCAGAACUUCAAGAAUUAACUGUUGUAUCAAUAACAGAAACAAUUCCAUCAAAUUUUGUAUGCUUUAUUGAACAAGUAAAAACCAAAGAAGCCCAAAUCGAAUUACUGAUUUCUGAAUUGGAGAUGUAUCAAGUUAAAUGGAGGAGUAAAAUACCAAUGAUGUCUUCAUUUCGUCAUCUUUGUGAAAUUGCAGAUAAAUCAACGAUUAUGAAAAUGUUUGUUCAUUUGUUUACAGAUAAUGAAAUCCGUGUUCAUGAGAAAGUUCCAAUAUUACUGAAAAAUGUUUUCGAAGAAUUUGAAAACUCCAAGGAAGAAAUUCACAAUGAAUCAUUGAAGCUGUAUUAUUCUUUCUACAAUUUCUUUCAAUACAAAUAUCAGACCAUUGAUCUAAUCUCUAAAAAUUUAGAAGAAAUGGAUAAGGUAACGAGUCUAACAAAAAACACCAAUACUACCAAUGAUGUAAUGCCAGCAGAUGCUUUUGAUAGAUGCGAUAUAGUAACCGCUUAUGAAAAUUUAAAAAUUAAUGGAGGAAAGUUAAGUUAUUUGGAAGCAUCACUGAAAACUCUGGAAUCUAUUAUUUUACCAAAUCUCAGCAAAUCUUUUAUAGCAGAAGUUGACCCAAAAAAAGUUUAUGAGUUAACCAAAAAUAUUGCAAUUGAAUUCAUCUUAUAUUCAGAUGGCUUAAACACUCUCCGAGCACUAUUUCUAGCUUUCAAUAUUGCUCAAUAUCUCAGUGACAAACAUCUAUUGCUGGAAUGUAGUAGUUAUUUUCUGAAAUAUUUGAAUUUUUCUGAUUUUGAACAAAAUAUGGAACAUAUAGUAUGUAAUUUAGAAGAUGACCAAAAAAGCUUCCAAUACUUAUUGCAGUAUUACAUGAAUUUAUCCUUUUUUUAUCUUUCUGAUAGAAAUAUUCAGCUUGCUUACCAACAUUAUGAAAAUGCAGAGAAAUAUUGGAAUGACCUGCUUGAAGAGAAUAAAAAAAAAUUAUGGUUUAUUGAAGUUAGUAUGGAAUUGCUACUUUUCAAAUUGAUGAAUAUUGCCAUGUCUGAGAAUUUCGAAAUGGAAGUAGAAUUCACUUAUGGCCCCCUAAUGAAGGCAUAUAAUUUAAUUCUAAAUAGAUAUACUUCAGGAGCAAAGUGGACCACCCAGUCAAUGAUUGUUCUAUUUGAAGUUUAUGAGACGAUUAUCAAAAUGUACUAUGAUUUAAAAAUGCCAAGAGAAGUGAGAUGCUUUGGCAAGCAGUCUCUUAUGUUAGCUCAACAGCAUGUGAUUCCAGUAUACAGUGCCAAAUUUCUGAGCUAUUUAGCACAUGCAGACAUAUGGAGUGAAAAAUUUGAUGAUUGCAGAGUGAAAUUGGAUGGAAUAUCAGAUAUAUUAUUGCUAGAAAAAACAGAAAAUUGUCCAAAGAUUGUGAAGCAGAAAACCCAUUUGAUAGUUCCUUCUGUUAAUGAUAUAAUGGAAGGUAUUAGUGAAAUGAUGCUUGAUAACCCUCCUCCAUCAGCAUUCAAUGUCUCAUCUUUCCCUGCGAGCCCUGUGCUACAAGGUCAAGCAUAUCGAAGUCCAUUUUUUGCAUCUCAUACAUUUUGCAAAUGUUUUCAUUGUACUUCUCUAGAAUGCCAGAAAACAAUUCUUUUACGCUAUCAUUUAGAAGCAUUAUGGUAUAUGCAUAAAGGACAAGUAACUUUGGCUGACAGUUUUUUCAAAGGUUCCUUCAAAUUACAUGAAUAUUUAUCAGAUAAAAGGAAAGAUAUAUUCCGAAUUUUUCAUAACCACAUAACAAAAUAUACAGAUAAUUAUGGAAAUUUCUCUGAACAAGACAAUGAAGCUAUCUUAUCAUUCAAUGAAAUUAAGAUUCAUGCUUCAAUAAAUUACACAAAAUUUUUAUCAUCAUCUGGAGCACUAGAAGCAGCCAAGAAAUUCAAUGAGAAUGCCAUAAAGAAGUUUACUAAAGCAAAACUCCAUUAUCCUCAUUUAUAUGGUGAAAUGUUGCUUCAAAAAAUAGCAUUGAAUUAUAAACAACUAGAAAAUGGAAACAGAAAUGCAACAAACAUUGCCGAGUCUGUAGAUUAUAGGAGUAAUGAUGUGAUCAAAACUCCUGAAGCUUGUGGAUCAAAAUUAAAUACAUUCAUUCCUAAAAUUAAUUCUCCGAGAAUAAAGAAAUUUCUUACUCCAAAAGUAAUCAAAUUCAAUUUGGCAGAUUCAGAAUCUAAUGCCACACCUUUAAAAUCCAGCAAUAAGUCUACAAGUAAAGCUAAAACACCAAAAUCAAAAAUUUUACCACCUAGUUUGAGAACUAUAAAUACUCCCAUAUUGAAAACACCUAAUCUCAAAAAAAAUUUGAAUACAGGCUGCAAGACCAUAUCUUCAGAAAUCUUUCAAAAUAACAUGACAGGGCAGGACCAACCACAAAAAUUACCUUUGUCUGAAAGAUCUGAAGGGUCAGUUAUACUUUCCAAAGAGCAAGAAUCAAAUUUAGAAGGGAAAACAAAAUUAUUAACAUCAAGACUUCGGAAGAAGCAUGUUUCUGAGAAUAAUUCAACCGAAAAUGAACAAAUGAAAGAAGAUAUUCAACCUACUAGAAGAUCAAGGAGGAAUAGAACAUAGAUUUUGUAGAUAUUUUUGAAUUGUUAUUUAAUUAUGAAAACACUUUUAUUUAGUUAUUUAAUGUGAACAUUUCAAUUUAAUAUAGUUUUGAAAAAAUACAAAUCUUUU